CCCGCUCGUCCGGUCAGUGUACGCCACUGAAUAAGACGAUCGUUUAAGGACCAUUCGCAAACCUAUCGCCGCAGUGCCUUCCACGGUGCUGUAACGUGCGUAUUAUUCGCUGCAGAGUUGAUUGUUAUUAUUAUUUUUGAUUUUUCUACACAGUUUAAAGACAAAAAUAAUUUUAAAAAAGCGCGUUUUCACUCGAAGCGCAUAGGUAUUAUUUCAACCAGCCGCACGGUACCGCCGACACGAUGAAGUACACGACAUACCUCUUGAGCGCGUUACUAUUGUUAACGCUGUUGUCGACGGAUGUGGAUAGUAGACGAGUGAACGUGAAACAGGUAGCGGACGACGUCGAACGAGACGACGCUCAACAAAGCGCCGCGGACGAUGAGGCGCAACAGCAACAGUUCAAGCCGGUGUUGAUCACGCGCAGGCCUUUGCAUCAAAGACCACAGGUGGACGUCGAAACCGAACGACAACCGGUGGUCGUGAUCCGGCAAUCUCCCAGGGUGUUGCAGCAGCGGGCCCGCGAACAACAAGGGGUCGCCGCCGCCGACGACGAAGACGACGAACAGCAGUCGCAAGUGAUCAUCAGGCAGCAGCCGACAAAAGCCGGUCUGAGAGCCCAGUCGCCGCAAGCUCAACAGCUCGUCCAACAGCGACUCAAGCAGCAGGAGCAGCCUCAACAGAAGGAACCGACCGCGCAGACGAUCCGAAAUUUCAACAAGCUGAACGACGACGGUUCGUUCACGUUCGGUUACGAGGCGGACGACGGUAGCUUCAAAGAGGAGACUAGGGGCACGGACUGCGUGGUCAGGGGCAAGUACGGUUACGUGGACCCGGACGGCAACAAACGCGAGUUCACUUACGUGCAGGGCAACCCAUGCGACCCGAACGCGUCCACCGCCGAGGACGAAGAAGAGCAGCCGGGCAAACCGGGCGAAGAGGAAAACGUUCCGGCCAACGCGGGCAGACCUAAGCCCAAGAACAGCAACAGGCCGACCACCACGUUGUUCCAGCAGACGUUUGGCGAUUUCGAAUCGCAACCCCAACCGUCCACCACACCCCGUCAACCAGGCAGACAACAGCUGCAGCAGCAAUCGGCGUUCCAAGAAUCAGCUCCCAGGAGACCACCACCCCCUCAGAUAUCGCCGGUGCAGUUGCAAGCCGACCGCCCAUCGUCCACUGCCGCACCACCACCACCACCACCACCACAGUUCCUUCCCGCCGCCGGAAAUCUAGAGUCGGCCAUCCGGAACCUGCCACAACCGGCGCUGACGUCCGCCGGCAAAGUCCAAACGCCAGCCGGGCCCAACUCGCCUCUGUACACCACCGAACUGGUAUUCGACCCGGCCACCGGCCAGUACAACACGGUCAUAUUCCAACAGGUGCCCAAACAGCAGGCCGGCAUCAACAUCAAUCAGCGUUUGCCGCUGCAGCCGGCUAGACAACAGCCGCUGCCCGCUCAGCAGUUCCGACCACAAGCCCCGCCGCAGUUCCAACAACCGCAACCGCAAUUCCGGCCGGCCCUCCAACCGUUCCAGCCACAAUUCCAGCCACAAAGACCGGUCGAAUUCGACUUCCAGAGACCUGCCGCCGCCGCCGCAUUUCCGGGAGCCCCGGGUCCGCAACAGCAAUUGGUCCAACAGCAACAGGCCUUGGCGUUCCAACAAUCGCAAAACCUCUUCAGACAACAGCAACAGAAACAGCAACAGCAGCAACCGCAGUUCCAACCGCAGUCGGCACAGUUCUUCCCACCGCCGUCCCAACGUUUCGAACCGGCGGCGUCGCAGUUCGCGCCCAAACAGCCACAGCGAUUCGAACAACAACCGGAAGCGCAACAACAGCAGUUCGUGCUAGUCCAGCCCGGCCGAACGCCCGGACAACAGAGCUUGGCCGCCGGCCAGAUCGACGCGUUUCUAAGAGGCCACAACGUACAGUUUUAAACGGAAUAAUUUAAUAAUAUUUCCAUUUGUAAAUAACAUAAUAUAAUAUAAUGACAUAUAUAUAUAGAAGCCGAGUACAGUGACCCACACUAUACAUGCGAUAACUAUAUAUUAUAUUAUUAUAUUUUAUUUUAACGUAAUAUUAAUAAUAAAAUAAUAUUAUUUUUGUUUAAGCUUAAUUAAUAAUGUGUAACGCGUUAUAUAGGUUUCGUAUAUAAAUGUAUUAUGAAUUUUGUACGUAGUAACGAUAAGGAUGUUUUCACACCCAUUUAGCUAAGCAGUUUCACCUGGCGGAGGUGAAAGCCAUAACUUACUGUAUAUUUAGCACUUUGCUAAAUGCUGGUUUUUUUUUUUUUUUUUUUGAAACAUUAAA